ACCCGCUAUGGCUGCGGAGAGAGGAGGCUGCCGCGGGGACGUCUGACACGAAUCAAGCCGCCCUCCUCUCCUGCCUGUCUGCCGGGACCCCCAGUAACCUCCAGGACCCCCACAAGGAGAAGAGUAACCCCGGGUUACACAGAGGAUACCCCUGCACAGUGACCCUGAGCGGAAGAGUUUUGGCGUAUAACCGCGAGCAUCUUCCGUCACCGAGAAGUCCGAUGUCGUCCCGUUUCUAACCAGCUACCCGCAGGAUAUCUCUAGUUCUCCUUUGGGAAAACGAGGUCGUGCUUCUAGACGUCUCCUGCCGAAGAUCCUUGGAGUUUUUCGCUGUGGGUGGAUCUAACGCUUUGGAUUUAUUGCUCCUGUGCACUUGCAUUUGGGGGGUAUCCCCCCUCUUUGAGAAACGUGUAGAUGGAAGUUCAAGGGGCCUGACUUGGUCCAGCUGGCUGGACAUUGAAUAAUGACUAGUAACGACAGCCCCUGCCCACCAUCUGGGCCAGGACACAUGAAUGGAUACCCCGUACCCCACUAUGCCUUCUUCUUUCCCCAUAUGCUUGGUAGCAUGUCUCCACCCGGGGGGCUACCAGGAGUGCAACACCAGCUACCCCUCAGUGGAUACAGCACGCCCUCUCCUGCAACAAUCGAGACCCAGAGUACCAGCUCGGAGGAGAUCGUCCCCAGCCCCCCAUCUCCUCCUCCAUUGCCCAGGAUCUACAAACCCUGCUUCGUCUGUCAGGACAAGAGCUCGGGGUAUCACUAUGGCGUCAGCGCGUGCGAGGGGUGCAAGGGUUUUUUCCGGCGGAGUAUACAGAAGAACAUGGUGUACACGUGCCACAGGGAUAAGAACUGCAUCAUAAACAAGGUGACCCGGAACCGCUGCCAGUACUGCCGGCUGCAGAAAUGCUUCGAGGUCGGCAUGUCCAAAGAAUCUGUACGAAAUGACCGGAACAAGAAGAAGAAGGAGCCCCCGAAAUCCGAGUCGUCCGAGAACUACGUGCUCAGCCCCGAGACCGAAGAUCUGAUUGAGAAAGUGCGUAAAGCGCACAAGGAGACCUUCCCUGCACUGUGCCAGCUGGGCAAAUACACUACAAAUUUCAGCGCAGAGGAGCGCGUCUCCCUGGACAUUGACCUUUGGGACAAAUUCAGCGAGCUCUCCACUAAAUGCAUCAUCAAGACGGUGGAAUUUGCCAAACAGCUGCCGGGAUUCACCACUCUGACCAUUGCCGACCAGAUCACCCUCCUCAAAGCUGCCUGCCUGGAUAUCCUUAUCUUGCGAAUUUGCACACGCUACACCCCUGACCAGGACACCAUGACGUUCUCAGACGGACUCACCCUAAACCGAACGCAGAUGCACAAUGCUGGGUUCGGGCCCCUUACGGAUCUCGUCUUUGCCUUCGCCAACCAGCUGCUACCGCUAGAAAUGGACGACGCGGAGACCGGACUUCUCAGCGCCAUCUGCCUAAUCUGUGGAGACCGGCAGGACUUGGAACAGCCAGAUAAGGUUGACAAACUCCAGGAACCAUUGCUGGAGGCACUAAAAAUCUACGUUAGGAAAAGACGACCCAAAAAGCCGCACAUGUUCCCCAAAAUGUUGAUGAAAAUCACUGACUUGCGGAGCAUCAGUGCCAAGGGCGCUGAGCGUGUGAUCACUCUGAAGAUGGAGAUCCCAGGAUCCAUGCCUCCCCUAAUCCAGGAGAUGCUGGAGAACUCCGAGGGCCUGGACAACUCGGGAGGUGCAUCUCCCAGCUCCAAACCGACUACUCCUAUACCACCAGGGAGCUGCAGCCCCAGCCUGUCCCCCAGCUCCACUCACAGCAGUCCCUCCACACACUCUCCCUGACCCGUCUCCCGGGGGCAUCGGAGCGACAGAGACUCACCAGCUCACGCACAGCCUUCUCUCUGACUCAUAUUCUUGUCUUGCUCUCUCUUCCUUUUCUUCCACUCAAUUUUUCAUUUAAAUCCUGCCCCUCCCCAUACUUUGCUUUCUUCGUUCUUCCCACUCACAUCCAGCAGUAAAAAAUCACAGGUCUGUUCUUUCUCGGAACACCGUUUCUUUAGAAGAGAGAAGCUAUGGUGGUGUGCGGGGGGUGGAGGGGCGCUGAAAAUACCCCCAACUGGACUCCUGCCCCCCUCACUUCCAUUGUAACCUCGUGCCUCUGGACGGCUCUUAUCUCCCACGCACUGGAAUGAGAACGAACUGAUACAGACUUUUCCAUAAGACAGACGUACUCUUACACUGUGUCUUGGUGCUGGGGGGGGGAGCGGGAGGAACAUGCUAUAAUCUGCUAAAAUCGGGGAGGUGAAACUCGAACAUCCACUUCUAAGGGGAGAAAAGCUGGAACGUUAACUCUGUGACCCUACUCUGCCCCCCCCCAGAGCACUCUGCCAUUAAAGAAGAGGUAGGGGUUAAGUCCAAUAUGAAUUCAGGGCCGCGGAUUAUACCCGUGAAAAAUCAAUAGGAUGGUCGUCAUUUUGUUUUAAAAAAUGAAUCUUAAUGUCUGUAAAAAAAAAUUUAAGCAAAAUUUGUAAAUAUUUUAUAUUUUUCCUAAUUUUUCCCCCUCCAAAUUUUAAUCCAUAAGUGUUUUUUUAUGAGAACAUGGUUGCCAUAAUUGACUAUUAAGAAGACAGGAAUCUCUUCAUACAGAAAAGAGAAAAAAAACGUGAAACCUUUCGACAAAAUACAUAUUUAUUGGCAGGGUGCUAAGGGGGGGGGGUCUCUAAUGGGGAUAAACGAAGAGGUUCAAGGGCGAACUUUAAAUUGGCAGAGAUCGAUCCAAGAGGACAGAUGCUGCAGCGGAGGACUGCGGUACUUUGCCGGCUUCUUUGGCAUUCGAAGGAUAAAACCGUUUCUCGUUUCUCGAUACACCAGCCGCUGUAUCGCUGUUUCUUCCCCCUUUUAUCCUCUAACCACUAAAAAAAAAAAAGCUGCAAUUUCCUUUUCUCCCCACUCUUAUCCCGCAGGACUUGUAGUUUUCACACCUCAACACCAGCAAAGGAAAAAAAAAACAAAAAAAAAACCUUUUUACGUUUGAGUUUUUUUUUUUGUUUCGAGGUUAAAGAAAAAAAAGAAGAAAAAAAAGGAAAAAUGUUGCGAAAAAAAUAAAUAAAAUAAGAUGUGAAAAGGUUUUUUAUGUGAAAGAUAAAAAUGAUUUUUUUGUUUUA